AGUCAAAGUGGGGUCUCACCCUCCAGCCAGCCCACGCGCGAGCACAAAAUCAAUCCACCAGACCAUAUCGAAAAACUCCCUUUAAGCAUUUCGAGGAGAGGACCGAGUUGACCUUUGCGACCUGUUGACCCCAAUCACCACCCACCCAACGAAACAACAUCGGAUUCCGAGGACCCGUCACGAUGUUGAUGCCAAAGGCUGACCGCAAGGCGAUCCACGAGUACCUCUUCCGUGAGGGUGUGCUCGUGGCUGCCAAGGACUACAACCUCGCUGAGCACCCCGAUAUUCCCAACGUCAAGAACCUCUUCGUCAUCAAGGCUUGCCAGUCGCUCAACUCCCGUGGCCUGAUCAAGACCCGUUUCUCGUGGCAGUACUACUACUACACCCUCACCCCCGAGGGUCUCGACUACCUCCGCGAGUGGCUGCACCUGCCGGCCGAGAUCGUUCCUGCUACCCACAUCAAGCAGCAGCGGUCACAUGCGCCCCCGCGUGGCAUGAUGGGCGGCGAGGGUGAGCGUGAGCGGAGGCCUUUCGGCCGUGGCCGUGGUGGUGACCGUGGUGACCGCGGUGACCGUGAGGGUGGCUACCGCCGCCGUGAUGCCGGCGAGGGCAAGGAGGGUGGUGCGCCUGGCGAGUUCCAGCCUCAAUUCCGUGGUGGAUUUGGCCGCGGCCGUGGCGGUGCUCCCCCUUCAUAAACGAUGACUAUCAACACCCAUUUUACCGCACCAAUGGAGAUCCUCGGUUUCCUCAGUUAAUGACUGUACGAAAAGUACUUGGUCUAUGGGGUUUCGGGUUGUGGACGACGCUCACGAGAAAUUAAAAGGGAUGGGAUGCGUCCAAAAAACUACUUUGUGAUGGGUUUGUUCGGGGAGUUUGGGCUGUAGAGGAGCUUUUACAAUCCUCGGAAAAUCAUUUGCAUUACAUGGUCCGUAUCUGCGGUUGUUUACCAAGGGUUAUCUGCUUGAAUGACGCCUCUGAUAACUGGCACAAGUUCU